AUGUCUCCUCUGAUGUUUGCAGCUUGUUUGACGUGUCUGCUGAUGGGAACAAUUGCUGGCUUGGCAGCCCUGCCACAAUCAUCAUCUUUACAUUUUGAGUCAGUUAAAGUUGGCCAGAAUGUGACUUUAAAAUGCUUUUAUCAAGACAAUCAUGGGAUGAUCUUGUACUGGUAUAAAACAACUCUGGGACAAAAACCACAGAAAGUGUCGGAGAUCUUAAAGCAUUCGAGGAAUGGUUCCUUGAACGAUGAGUUCAGGAAUGACCCUCGGUUUGACCUGGAGUAUGGGAGUGGUAAACAUCACCUGAAGAUCUCGGACGUGAAACUGUCAGACUCAGCUACUUACUACUGCGUCAGUGGUAAGUCAUUUGAGUUAGACUUUCUGGAGGGAGCUGUUGUCCACGUGAAAGGUUCUGGUUUGAACAUCCAAACUGUUGUACAUCGGUCAGGAGGUUCUGUGACUCUGAGCUGUAUGAUUCAAACUGGGCCUUGUGAUGGAGAACACAGAGUUUACUGGUUCAGAAACUCUGAAGAAUCUCAUGUGGGUCUCAUUUAUACUCAUGGAGGCAGGGAUGAUGAAUGUGAAAUAACAUCAAAAAGACAAACCUGUCUCUACAACGUGCCGUUGAAGAACCCGAACCAUUCUCAUGCUGGGACUUAUCUCUGUGCUGUUGCUUCAUGUGGACAAAUACUCUUUAGCAAUGGGAUCACAUUGAAUUCAACAGAGAAAGUGGACUUUUUGGUUCUGGUCUACGUCUUAAGUGCAACUUUGGCAUUCACAGUCAUCCUGCUGGUUCUCCUGGCCGGCAUAGCAUUUAAAAUGUACAAGAGAAAGAACUUCAAAUGUAAAGCAAGUUUAGACUGUGCCAUGAAUUUGAGAUAA